AUGACUGAAUGUAUUUCACCGAAAAUUCGUAUUAACUCUUGUAUUACCAUUGAUAAAACUAUGUUAACAAUUAAAAAUCCAGCUAUACUUAAAGUUAUUGCACAUCUUAUUGCUCAAUCAGAACAAACAAAUGAGAUUUUAACCAUUAAAGAUACUUUUAUUCAACAUCUGUUUGUAUUUUGUACACAGAAUCCAUAUAAUAAGAAAAUUAUAUUACAAUUAUCAGUUUGGCAAGAUUGGUUACUUCGUUUAGUACCAUUAUAUCCUAACAAUAAAAUUAAUGCAAAUUUUCUUGUGAAAAUUUUACAUUUAAUACGUAUAUUAUUAAUCUAUGGAAUAUGUCAUGAAUAUGGUAGUUGGCAAGUACUGGUCGAUACAUUAGCAUUAAUUCAUUUACAUAUUUGUCAAGAAAGAUUUAAUUGUCUUAAAGAUAAACGACAAACUAUAAAAACCAAAUGUACAGUAAAUGAAAUGAAAUCCAAUUCACCACACACAAACAAUUCAGUAUUAUUUUCAAAUAAUAACAAUUCUAUCACAAUGAACAAUGCAUUGGGUAUUGAUCUUACAGAGUAUGGAUCAUAUCAAAUGAAAGAUGAGCAUUUAUUAUCAUCUAACGAUUCAUCCAUUGAAAGCAUUAAUAAUAAUAAUAAUAACAAUGCUGAUGAUAACAAUAAAACCAUUAAUAAAAAUACUAAUAACAGUGGUUCAAGCUCAGUGUGUAAUUCAGAUCAAAUACUUGAUCGUACUCCUUCAGAUUCAAUUUUAUCUUAUGAAAAUAUUGAAUUACCAUCAUUAUCAUUGGCAAAACCAUUAUCGAACAAAUUUCAAUCACCUUCUCUGUCUGAUCAUGAUCAUAGUGUAGAGAAUAAUAAUAAAUUAACCAAUGAAGUGAUUAAUUUAAAAAUUGAAGAUAAAUCUAUGAAAUUUCAAUUAGACAAUUUUUCUUGGUCAUAUGUACAUCAAUUAUUGUUAGAUGAUUUAUUGUGUUCAUUGGAAAAUAUUGUAAUUCGACAAGAUAUUCAUAGAAAACGAUCUUCCACUUCGUCUUCUAAUUUGUCUACACCAUCCUAUGAAUCACGAGAGAAUAUGUUGAAGCAACAGACAAAAUCGAGAAAAGAAUCAGUUCAGUCACAAUCUUCUACACAAUUGCAAUCACCACCACCGCCGCCGCCGCCAACAACAGCAACAGUUUCAUCCUCAUCAGUAUUAUCAUCAGCGCCCACAUCAUCAUCAGCAUCGUCGUCGUCGACAACAACAACAAUGACGACAACGCAUCCUUUCACGAGGAUAGGAUAUACAAAUGACCGGGCAUCUUUGACAGAUACUCAUCUGAUUACUAAUGAUCAUCAUAAUAAUAAUAAUACUAAUAACAGCAAGAUUUAUACACAAAAUCAGACAAACAUAAAUAUGGUUGAUACAAGGAAUGAAUCGAUUUUUGUCACAAAUCUUUUACAUAUAAUUUCAUAUUUAUCUGAUAUGAUUAUUGGUGCAUGUGGAGGUUUAUUGCCGUUACUUGCUGCAGCAUCAAGUUCCACAAGUGAAAUCGGCAGUUUAGAAUCAUUGCCCGGUAUGGAGUUGAGUGAUGGAAUGGGAUAUCUUUUACGUUUAACUUAUUUGGCAGAUUUUUGCAUUUUGGAAAGAAACAUUAAUACGAGGCUAAUAGAAUCUGAAAGAAAUUUACCUUCAGGAUUUAUAGCACGUCAACUUUUGAGAUUAUAUUUAACUACAACUGUUCGUAAUUGUUUAGAAUCACGUUUACAUAGGCUACUACCACCUUCGUAUAUUGUACAAACAAUGAAACAAUUAUCAUCUGGUAAUCAUGAUUUCAUUCAUCAUCAUCAUCAUCAUGGUAGUUCUAGUGAUAUUGAUAAAAAUUUAGAAAUCAAUGAAGUCAUCUUCAUUCAAUCCGAUCAUUCCAAUGAUGAUACUUCUUCUUCGUCUUCUUCUUUACAAUCAGUACAAAUUAUUACAGGAUCAAAUCAAAUUUUAAAUGAUCUACGUGUUGAUCGACUAAAUCAUUAUCAUUAUUCCAAUGGUAUUGAUAUUACAUCGAAAGAAUUACACAAACAUAAUUUCUCUUCAGCUUUAUUAAUCAAUGAUUCAUUCAAUCAUCAACAUCAAUAUCAUAUUAUUGAAGAUUCUAUUGAAAAUUUAACGAGGAAAUUAUUAAAUUUGUCUAGAUUUCAAUUAGUUAUUGAUUUAGAAUAUUAUACAAUUCAUCGAUUAGGUUAUUUAAGUCAACCAUGGAAAUUUCCAGAUUAUUAUACAUCAUCUAAUGAUUUAUUUCGUAUAAGUGAUAUUAAACAUGAUUAUGAUAAGAAAAUUGUACAUUUAAGUGAAACAUUUCAACAAUUAUUAUACAGUAUUAAACCAUAUUUUAAUUAUCCAAAAAAUUAUGGUAAUGAAAGUUUUCAGAACACUGUGAUCAAUUCACUUGAAUAUCCUGAAUUACUUUUACAAAAUUCUGAUUUAAACCGAUUAAAUUGUUUAAUUGAUAAAUAUGCAGAAACAACUAAAUCACCUGAAUUAUUAGCUUUAGCAACAGUCUAUUUUCUUUCAGUAAUGAUGGUCUCAAAAUAUCGUGACGUUCUUGACCCAAAUCCAAUAUGGUUACCAUAUGCUGGUGUUAAUCAUGUCAAUACUGAUAAAGAAGAUUUUGUUCAGUUGCAUAAUGAAUUACAUCAUGUAAAUAAGUGUAAACAAGAAUCUCCAGUUCAAAUGAAUAUCACCACUAGUCAGAAUAAUGAAACUGCAACAAUCAAUAAUGAUGAUAAUAGUAAAGAGUCAGUUGUUGAAAUAGAUCAACAUGGUGAGAAUGACACAGAUCAUAAUUCAUUUGUCAAUGAAGACUAUGAACUUGUCGAUGUACCACUUGAUAAUACAACAAUAACAACAAUAAAUGAACAGAAUAAUCAGAAACACAAUCUUUUAACUGAUUGCCUUGAUACUAGUCUACGAUCAACUGGUUUAUUUUUAAAAGAUUUAUUUAUUGAAUUUAUGGAUUAUUUCAAUAAAACAUUAAUUGGUACACAUGGACAAGAAUUAAUUCCAAAUAUUCUACCAUUUUUACAGCAUACAUCAUCAUCAUCAUCAGUUGUAGAAUUAGUGAUGUUGUUAUGUUCACAAGAAUGGCAAACUUCUUUACAAAAAUAUGCUGGAUGGGCAUUUAUUGAACUUGUUAAUGAAGGACGUCUUCUUUCACAUUCUAUACGUGAUCAUUUAUAUCGUGUAGCUGUAGAAGGUGAUGUGAUUCUAAAUCAAUUACAUCAAUCCAAUAUUCAACAACAUACUAAAUUUGAAGAAAUCACUGCACAUACAAUAGCUAAUCUACGUGAAGACGAACAAUUACAUAAAAAUAUCAUCGAUUCGACUCGUUUACGUGAUGUACAACUAUCGAAUUAUUUAAAUAAUAAAGCUAAUCGUUUAGCUCAAUUCAUUAUGUUCAAUUGGAUGAAAUCGUCGAUUUCUGUAUCACCAUCAUCGUCAUCAUCAUCAUCAUCAUUAGCCGUUUCUCGAACUGCUCAUCCUCUCCUGAAAGAUUACUUCCGACUAGAUGGUUGGGAAGAUGAUAGUCGAAGACAUCGUAGACUUAUACCUAAUCCACAUGGUACAAAUUAUUCUUCAUCUGUUUUUUACAAUGAUCCUAUACGUCGUCGUUCUGUUUGUCAAAAUCAUUCACAACAAUUAGUAGAUUUUUUAAAAGAAGCUGGAGCACAACAUGUUCGUGAUUUUUCAAUUCAUUCUGAAUCAAUUGAUAAGAAUUCAAUACAAUCUGAACUUCCAUAUGAUAAUGUUUCAGUGAAUUCAACAAUGACUGAUUCAGUAGAUAAUUCUGAAAUUAUGAAUCCUGUUAGUUUAACAUGGUUUCAAGAAGAUACACUUUAUCCUGGUCGAUUAUGUAUUGAUUUUAAAGCUACAGCCUACAUAUCAGUUCCAUGUAUUCUAGUCUCUCUUGGUGUAACUGUACAUGGUACAUUAUCGAUUUCAAAAUAUGAAUUAUAUUUUGAACAUGAUACAGAUCAUCCUAAUAAUAGAUCAAUUGAUCAACGUGUUUUAGCAUAUAUCGAACAUAUUUAUAGUCGAUGGUCAUUAUCAGAAAUACGUGCAAUUUUUAAUCGUUCUUUUCUUCAUCGUAAAAUUGCACUUGAAAUAUUUGUAACUUCUAGAGGCUCUGUCAUGUUUGCAUUUGCAGAUGUAGCCACUGUAAAAAUGAUUGUUAAUGCUUUACCUGAAGUAGGCAUUGGUACAAGAUAUGGUCUCCCAGCGUCGAGAACAUCAACUUUAGCUAGUCCUAGUAAAAUAUUUCAAUUAUCAAAUAUGACACAACGUUGGCAACGUCGUGAAUUAUCAAAUUUUGAUUAUUUAAUGUAUUUAAACACUAUAGCUGGUCGAAGUUAUAAUGAUUUAAAUCAAUAUCCAAUAUUUCCAUGGGUUAUAUCAAAUUAUACUACAAAAGAAUUAGAUUUAUCAUCUCUAUCGAAUUAUCGUGAUUUAUCAAAACCAAUUGGUGCAAUUAAUCCGAAACGUAAAGCAUUUUUUGAUGAACGUUAUACUAAUUGGGAAGAUGAAAAUCAACCACCAUUUCAUUAUGGUACACAUUAUAGUACAGCAGCAUUUGUAUUAAAUUAUUUAUUACGUGUUGAACCAUUCACUACUGUAUUUCUUAAUUUACAAGGUGGUAAAUUUGAUGUUCCGGAUAGAAUAUUCUUUUCAAUUGCUAAAACAUGGGAAAAUUGUCAAAUUAAUACAUCCGAUGUGAAAGAAUUAAUUCCGGAAUUUUUUUAUUUUCCUGAAAUGUUUGAAAAUUUAAAUGAUCUUGAUUUAGGCAUAACUGAUGAUGGUAUUAAUGUGAACACAGUGAUACUUCCACCAUGGGCAAAAUCACCGGAAGAAUUUGUACGAAUCAAUCGUGAGGCAUUAGAAUCUGAAUUAGUUUCAUGUCAACUACAUCAUUGGAUUGAUCUUAUAUUUGGUUAUAAACAACGUGGACCUGAAGCUGUUCAUGCUACUAAUGUAUUUCAUUAUUUAACUUAUGAUGGAAGUGUUGAUUGGGAUAAGAUUACUGAUCCUGUUUUAAUCAAAGCUGUUGAAGAUCAAAUUCAAAGUUUUGGUCAAACACCAGGUCAAUUAUUGACUAGACCUCAUCCAUGUAGAAAUUCAACACUUCAUCAUAAUCCAGAAAUAUUUAAUCUACUUAAUGAAGAAUUUUGUAUGAGUUUAAAAUUUCAAUCAUAUUCACCAGUUGUAUAUGUUUUUAGUAAUACAACAUCGAAAGCUUUACCAUAUCCUUCAGUAUUUGCUAUCACUGAAAAUAGAACUAUCGUGAUAUGUCGAUGGAAUGGUCUAGCUGCAGAUGCUGUCUAUCGAAAAGCUCGUAUCAAUCCUGAUAAUAUGUAUGCAACUGAUAUGACAAUAACUAAUCAAGAUUUACAAAUUCAAUCAUCAAAAGUUUCAUCUAACAAUACCAAUAAAAAUAAUAAUGAAUCGUCUGUAUUGUCAUCGCAUAAUAGUUCCGAAGUUUCGUUCACAUCUCCGUCUUCUCCGGGGGUUACAGAUCAAUCUAUACCAUCAUCAUCAUCACAUGUAAAAGAGAAUACAUUGAAAAGGCAUAAUUCAGAUCAAGUAUAUGGUUUACCUUUAAAAUCAGAAUUAGUGAUACCACUUGGUCGAUGUUUAGGACAUGAUUUCGAUGAGAAUAUACAAAUGACCAGUAAUCAAUUUGUUGUUACUGCUGAUAGUCGAGCUGUCAUAUUAUGCGGUUAUUAUGAUAGAUCAUUUCGUAUUUAUGGAUCGAAUAAUGGUCGUUUAAUUCAAGUUGUAUUUGGUCAUAGUGAUAUUGUUACAUGUUUAGCACGUUCAGAAUGUCAUCUUAGUCAAUAUCAUUAUUUAGCUUCUGGUAGUCAAGAUUGUACUGUUAUGUUAUGGAUGUUCAGUAUACAACGUUCAUGUAUUGUUAAUAGUCAAGGCUUACCAAAACCAUUAUUUAUUCUAAAUGGUCAUGAAGCAAGUAUCAAUUGUAUCAGUCUAUCAGCUGAAUUAGGAUUAGUUUUAAGUGGAUCAAUAAAUGGAACUUGUUUAUUACAUUCAACUCGUGGUGAACUAUUACGUUGUUUACCUUUACCAUGUACAACAAUAACAUUGAAUGAUCAACCGUCAACAUCAUUUACAACACCAACACUAUACACUAAUAAUGCGACAGUAUCCAUUCGACCUAAUCUCUUGACUUAUCAUCGUGAAGGUUAUCUACUUGGAUUAUUUAAUCGUGUACAAUUAUCAAUUUAUACAUUAAAUGGAAAAUUAUUACAUACUACUGAUUUAGGCAUUCUAUCCAAUUGUACAAAUGGUUUAUAUCAAAUUAAUGCACUGUUAUUUAGUGAUUGUAGUCGUUAUAUUCUAUUAGCUGGUAAUGAUGGUGUAAUAUGGAUUUUAAAAAGUUCUAAUUUAUUACCAAUUCAUGCAUUUCCUAAAUGUGAUACGUCAAUUGAAUCAUUAUGUUUAAGUGCUGAUCAACGAUUUAUUUUCGCUGGUCUUAAAUCCGGUUCUCUAGUUGUGUUUUACGUUGACUUCAAUCAGUGGCAUCAUGAAUUUCAACAACGUUACUUUUGAAUCAUGCAAACAGAACUAAUUUACCAAUACAUAUCAAAUUACUAAUACCAAAACGUAUUCUUUUCAAAAUCUUUUUAAUAUUCCGAAAUUACUGAAAUCUGUUUUCAGUAGUUAAAUAAAUAAAUGUUUUAUUUUCCAUUGUCUAUAUAUUGGGACCUUUAUGGAUCAUAAUAUAUUUUGAUGUUGUUCAUGUAGUUACGGUUUAAUUUUUUUUGAAAAUCUUUUUCCUUUUUUGUUUAUCUACUCAAAUAUUUCAAUCAUUAAGUCAAAACUUUCAUGUGAUAACCAAAAAACAUUUAUUCGGUUUCAUUUUGAACAUUCCUUUAUUGUAAAAAUAUUUUCAGUAAUUUUUUUAUGCAA